CGCGCCGUGGCCUUGAGUUAGUUCUAGGAGGUGUUGGUGCCAGUCAUACUUAAUUAUAUGGCAACAUCUGAAAAUCAUGUGUCUGUGUUUGUGGUUGAGCAUGUUCAGGUUUGAUUAACUGUUUCAAAUUUGUAUGAUAUUAGUAGUUGUACAAUUUAAGUUGUACAAGUUAUGGCCUCUCAAUCAGUUGAGCUAGGUUUUGCUGAUAAGAGAGCUUCUUGGAAGCUAUCCAGCAAAUAUUUUCCGAGCAAAAUUGGUGGCAAACCAGCAUGGCUCAGAUUAAAAGAUUUACCUAAUCCGGCUGAUCUUCUUUGCAAAAAGUGUGAAAAACCUCUUGCUUUCUUACUUCAAGUAUAUGCGCCAGUGGCAGAGAAAGAAGACACUUUUCAUCGUACUAUUUUUGUUUUUAUGUGCUUGAAUGGAAAAUGUCAUCAGAGAUUUAGUAAUAGCAGCUUUGCCGUUUUUCGUAAUCAGCUACCUCGACAAAACGAGUUCUAUUCAUAUGAUCCUCCUAUACUGAAUGAAAAAUCUUGCAAUGAUCCAUCUGCAGAACAAUUUCAACCAAUUUGUGAUGUGUGUGGUUGCAUGAGUGCAAUUAGCUGUGAGAAAUGUUCGGAAAGGAAUUACUGCUCUGAGGAACAUCGGAAAUGUGACUGGGAAUGGAAUCAUAAAAAUAUGUGUGGAAAUAAUGAUGGUACAAAGAAACACAAGAAGUUGAAAAGUCAGUUUUUACUUCCCGAAUUUGAAUUGGUUACGGAAACUGAAGAACUGCCUUCAGUAACUGCAGAAAAAAGUGAUGAAGAGAAGAUGAGAGAAUAUCAUCAAUUUAUGCAAUCUUCUAAAGCACCAAGAGAAUUGCAAGAUGUGCGUGUAGAUGACCUUGAUAUUGUGGUAAAGAAAAAAGACAAAGCUUUCAAUAAAUUUCAGAAAAGGAUAAAAAUUGAACCUGAACAGGUUUUACGUUAUCAAAGAAGAGGAGAACCUCUGUGGGUUUCAUCUGAACAUGUGCCAUCUGAGAAAGAUAUACCUGUAUGCAGCUGUGGGGCAAAACGUGCAUUUGAAUUUCAGGUGAUGCCACAACUUUUGAACUUUUUAUCCUUAGAUAGUGUAGAAGAUAGUGUGGAUUGGGGUACUUUAAUUGUGUAUACUUGUUCUGAAUCUUGUGAAAGGGGUACAGGUGCUUAUGUCAAAGAAUUCUUGUGGAAACAAGAUUUUUCCAAUGACAGAUCUUAAUAAAACUUAUAUAUGAAUUUCAAAAUAAA